AUGCGUCCGGGUGAUAUGUUUGCUGUUUUAAAAGCGGCCGAUGAACUUUUGAUGCAAGAUUUGAUAGAUUUUGUUGGUGAUGAAAUCGAGGAUGAUUGGAUAAAGGAAAAUGUUGAUGUUGCAAUUCAAAGCGUUAUGCAAUAUCCCUUGUGGAAGUCUUUGCGCACACGGUGUUUUCGGGUGUUUUGUAUAGACACCGGUGAUUUCCUUCAAUCGAAUUCGUUAUCUCUUGUCGAUGAAAAAUUUUUGAGAAAUCUUCUUAAAAGGGAAACACUAUCCGUUACAGAAAUAGAGAUCUGGGAUGGAUUGGUUCGAUGGGUUCGUGGUCAAAUGGAAGAUCUACCAGACAACAUCAAAAAAUGGUCAAAAAAUCAAAUGAAUGAAUUUGCAGAUAUAAUCGAAAAGUUCCUUCCACUAGUAAAAUUCCGCGAAAUCUCGCGACAAGAUAUAACAGACAGAGUCUUACCAUACAAAAAUAUCUUUCCCUAUAAGAUACGUCAAACAAUUCUUGAUUUAAUGUAUUAUUCACCCAAUGUUCUUUUCGCAUCACCUCGAUUUAUGGAUAGUUCAGCGAUCUUAGCACCCGAGGAAAUAGCGCAGGUCUUAAGUUGGAUAGAUGACGGAGAGCUUGGAUCGGUUCAAGUUUAUGAAUUGAAUGAAAUCCCAUACUAUGUAAGAUUAUUGAUAAGAGGAUCACGGGACGGGUUCGAAAGCAAGACAUUCACGAAAAAAUGUCUUAACAAAAAGAACUGCAUUCUUGUGUUACGAAUAAGUGAAACAAGUGAAAUUAUUGGCGGAUAUGCUCCCAGUGGGUUUGCACAUAAUAGCACGAAAGAUUUUCCACAUUCCUUCUUGUUCUCGUUCGGCAAUGACGAAGAGAAACCUAAACGAGGGCUCCCUUAUGUUCCUGAUAACGAGACGCAAUUUGUUGACGAUGAUGAAAUAAAUUAUGCUCUUGCAUUCGAUACUAAAUUUAUCGAUGAUGGACCAAGGUUCGGAAACGGUGAUUUGUGGAUGAGAGGAACCUUCGAUGAAGCCAAGAGCUGCAUAUGCCAACCGAACGAUUAUCGGCCAAUUACAAGAACUACAGAGUUCUCUGUGGAUGAGUAUGAAAUAUUUCAGCUAUCACCGUUUGACCGAUAUUAUUGUGUAUAA